AUGCCCACGCCCACCCUCCACGACCGCCUCACACUCAUAGAAUCCGCCCUCUCAGACCUCCAAACCCUCGAUCUGGGACCCGAACGCAAACCCUCACCCUCAGCGCGCCAAUCUCUCGACCACCGCUUCGACCGUACAGAUCCCUCAGUAGACGCCGCUCCUGUCCCUACACCCGCACAAGAAAAAUCAGACCCCUUCGACUUGAUACAAAAAACCCAAUUCUAUGACACCGUCGCCGCGAAAUUCGGCCUCGGUAUCCGCGAUGAAGAAGAUUUCGCCGAAUUCAUCGUCUACAACGCCUUCGUGACGAAUCUGCGCGUGUGUCCCGUCCACUUGACCGAUACAGGCCGCUACUACUACAUCGAGCAUCGCUUUUACCUGCCCAACACCCCGGGCGUAGUCCUACGACAAGGCACGGAUAAAGAGGGACCCUGUUUGGGAGUUGCGAAUAUCCCGCUCACCGGACGCAAUUCGUUCGGUGUUGGCGAUUUCAAGGGCGAUCAGAGGGGCAUGGUCUGGGAGCAUUUGAUCAGUACGGGGUUUUGGACGCAUAUGCGGUAUGAAUUCUCGUACGAAGUACGGGACGGGGAACGGAAGGUUUUUCACUGGAUUCGGACACGGAAUAAUGUGUUGGACGAUCAGGGCGAUUUGGUGUUGAUUGAGCGGGAUGUGGAGGGCGAAAUCUUGGCCGAGUAUGUGGGGAAAGGACUGUUGAAGUGGAAGAAGAGGGGACGGCUACGCGUGAGGAAUAUGGAGGGGUGGGGGGAAGAGUGGGAGAGGGUUGUUUUGCUUACGUGGGCUUCGGUGGUGGAGUUGUCGAGACGGAGGGCGAGGGUUAGGAGGUAUUCGCCUACGCAUAUUAUUCAUGGGUAG